AUGUCCGACACCCACUGGAAUCACGCCCUUCAAAUCUCCGGUCAAAUCGGUUUCACCCUCUCCCUAAUCUCCAACACAAUCCUGAUCUUCUUGAUCCAUUUCCGCUCGAAUCGUCAAAUCGGAUCCUACAAGUACAUUCUGAUGUUGUUCUGUGUGUUCACGAUGUUCUACUCGUGCGUCGAGAUGUUUUUGAGGCCAUUUCUGCACAUCUACGACGACACACUUUUCCUGAUUCAAAGGAAAUAUUUCGAUUUGGGAAAGACUGUGACGCGCGUGCUGUCGAGUAGGUUACUGUAGUAGAUCUAGGCCUACUGUAGAUCAAUUCCCCGUGAAAUUUGGAGAUUUUUGAAUCCAAAUUCGCUCAGUAGAUCAGGAUACUGUAGAUUUUGGCGCCAAAUACGUUUUUCCAGCCACCUAUUGUUUUUGCUACGCGAUGAGCUUCACACUAUUUGCCCUACAGUUUUUGUACAGAUAUAUUGCCACGUGCAAGUGAGUUUCAAACGAUGCUCCGCGUUUACAACAGCAAAAUUGCUUGAAAAUUGGGUUUAAACGAUGCUCCGCCUUUACGGGGUUGUAAAUUAGGGUUUUUAAACGAUGCUCCGCUUUUACACCAGCAAAAUUGCUUGUUUUUCAAGGUGUAACUGCGGAGCAUCGUAGUUCUUCUAUUUUUCAAGGUGUAACUGCGGAGUAUCGUAGUUUUUUCUCAAAUUUCGCUUGAAGCAGCGGUAAUCCCGGAGCAUCGUAGUUUUCGUCCAAUUUUUCCCGCGUAAAAGCGGAGCAUCGUAGUUUUUUUCAGAGCUCACCUGCUCCACUAUUUCUCGGGAGCCUGGUUUUUGCUCUGGAUCACCGCUACAGUAUCCAUUGCUCUCAGCUGGCAAAUCGCGGCAUUUUUCCUGUUUCCCCAAAAUGCUCGAACCGAGCAAAGCUUCCGAUUCAUCUGCCAAAAUUCCUAUGGAAUCGAUGCCUCGUGGGCCGAUUAUAUGCCCUAUAAAUAUGUGAGUUUUUUUUUUGGCGCUACAGUAACCCUGAGAGAAAUUUUCGCGCGCGAAAAUUUGCAGCGUUUUGAGACCCAAUAUGAUAUAUCUACAGUACCCCUAGCCUAGGGUUAUUUGAUAUCAAAAUGCUCCAAAUUUUCUCUACAGUACCCCAACUACAGUACCCUUUGCAGUUCUAUCGAGACGAGUUCAAUGAGAGACAUCCGGACUAUCGAAAUUUGCUAGGAAUCCUUCAACACCUUAUAGUUAUCGUAAGUUCUGCAGCUACAGUACCCCUACAGUACCCUAACCCAACUAAACUUAGUCAAAUUUGGGCUCAAAAUGCUCCAGAAAAUCUACAGUACUCUUGGAUACCUACAGUAACCCUGAGAAGAUACUGUACCUCAAAAACUAUUUUCAAAAAAAAGUUUUUGGAACUUUUUGAGGCCCUAAGCUAAUUUGGUAUCAAAAUGACCCAAAUUUUCGCGCUAAAAAUCUACAGUACCCCCCCCCCUACAGUACCCCUUGCAGUUCGGCUCAUUCGGUGUGCUCUUCUACUGUGGCUUCCGAACCUACUCACAAAUGAAGAGCUUCAAAGGCGUGUCCAACAAGACACGUCAUCUACAGUACCAACUUUUUCGCGCGCUCGUCGUCCAAACCAUUUUUCCCAUGCUAUUUAUGUAUUUUCCCACAGGAUUCCUUUUUGCGUGUCCGAUUUUGGGUUGGGAAUUGGGAGCCAAUACGAAUUAUCAAGUUGUCAUAACUCAAUUAUAUCCGGGGAUUGAUCCGAUGAUUGUGCUGAUGUUGAUUAGUGAUUAUCGGAGAUCGUUGUGGAGUGAGUGGGGUGCGGAAGCUUGCGGAAAAUGCUGAGGCGUAGGGGUGGCCGCUGCGCGGAAGCUUGCGGUUUAUAUUCGCGCUUCCGCGCUCGAGUUUGAGUUGAAGCCUAGACCCGGCCGCUUCGCGGAAGAUAGUGCCGCUACGCGGAAGCUUGCAGUUUAGACUCGCGGCUCCGCCGCUCGGGACUAGCUCUAGGCUUAGGCUUAGCCUAACUUAGGCCUAACCUAGGCUUAGGCUUAGGUUUAACCAAAAUCUUACACUACUAGAUAUUACCCUAAAAAUUUAGGCUUAGGCUUUUCAACUUGAAACCUAAAGACCUUAAGAAGCUAAAAUUCAAAAGAGCCUUAACCUUAAGAAAACCUAAGCCUAACCCAUAGGCUCAAAUUCAUCCUGAGCCUAGAGCUUUCAUCCGGGGCCUAGAGAUUCAUCCUGAGCCUCGAAGCCUAGGUGUGGCCGCUGCGCGGAAGAUAGUGCCGCUUUGCGGAAGCUUGCGGUCUACACUCGCGGCAGAGCCGCUCGGGAUUAGCUCUAGGCUUAGGCCAAGCCUCUGGGCUUGAGGCUGAAGCCUAGACCCGGCCGCUGCGCGGAAGAUAGUGCCGCUUCGCGGAAGCUUGCGGUCUACACUCGCGCUUCCGCGCUCGAACUUACCCUAAAUCUAAAUUUUUCCAGACAUAAUCUGCCUCCGGAAAUCACUGCGACCCGGAAAUAAUUCCUACACAAAUGCUGCUGGAACUUCUCGAAUCACACCAGCCACCACUUUGGCAUCAACUGAUAAUUAA